CUUGGGAAAUGUGCGGAACCCAAUGAUGAUCGAGGACAUCGACAAGGGAGCCACGUUUUCAAUCCACUGGCGAUCCCCUCGUAGUAUCAUCGUAUCUUGCAGUCCUCUAAAGUUAAAGAGUCGUCGGAACAAGGGAGGGUUGUGGAGGAGAGGUCGUGUGGAGGAGUGCUCUAGUCAUAGGAUCGGGAUGGUAACCACCAACUCACGGCAAAAACGCCUAACUCGAUGAAGCGCACGCUUCUAGACACAAAACGAAAACAGCCGAUGUGCUAUGUCCUCAAGUGCGAGCCCCUUUGAUUCGUUCUUCAUUAUGCAAGUGCAUUGUCCUAAUGUUGUCCUUUCACCACGGCAUCGCGCAUAGAGAAUACUCGCCCUGUGGAGGU